GUUAUUACCGAAAUGAAGGCUACUACUUCCGUCCGCUUCCAGAAGGAUACCUCAAGCAGCGGCGGCGACGAGCUUUCGUUACACUACCUCUCGGAUCACAGCCUGAACAUCGCCCGGUCUCGGUUGCAGGAAGAAGAGCAGCUGUGUCCGCAGGACGAUAUGAACCACUGUUACAGUCGCCUGAAGCGCCUCGUACCCACCAUACCGCGGCAUAAGAAAGUCAGCAAAGUGGAGAUCCUUCAGCACGUCAUAGAUUACAUCCUGGACCUGCAGCUAGCGCUAGAGACGCACCCUUCUCUCCUGAAACAACAGACCGGGACAUGCCCGCCGCACCCCGCCUCUAACCGGACACCACUAACGGUUCUCAACACAGACCACCAGAGGAUGUCAACAGGCCAAUAGGAGGACUCCGUUUUGUGUCGCUGAGAAAUGGUGUGCAGAGCGGUUUCGGUGCACAGAGCAGAGCUGAGAGCAGAGAGCAGGGGAGAGCUGCUCCAGUCCACACCCAGCUCAGCCUCAGCCUCCAGCCAGGGAAUCUCAGCCAGCAACACGAAGCUUUAUCACACAGGGGGGGACCCCCCCCCCUCCUCCGCUGAAGAACCUGCUACGGGCAAAUAAAACCCUAUUUAUAACACGUUUAUUAAAAACAAACUAAAGCUGUGUUCAACUGGCCCAUAACUUAACUUUUUAUGUCAAAUACUAUUACAAUCUAAACGGGUGGAAGAAGAAUCCCUUGUUGUGAGGUCUUGCUAGAAACUAGAGCUCGUUGAACAACAAAUACUAGUUUAUAAAAUUAAAAUAACUAAAACCAAAAGUGUGGAACUUUUACUAAAUUGGAAAAUAAUUGUACAUGUUUGGACAUCUAUUGUUUAGAAUAGAUGAUUUUUGUGUUGAACAAGGUUUUUCCCCCCCUGAGAUAAACAUGUUUCAUAUUGUAAAGAGGAACAAAUGACUGGAGACAUUUCAGAUUGUAGAAACAGAUGCUCAAAGGUGGAAGAAAAUGUCUGUUACGCUCAAAUAGACUAUUGUAAUUAUAAGAUAUUUUUAUUAAAACCUUUUGACGUGUAAAUAAUGUGUUUUUGGACUUUGAAGUGGAUUAAAUAUUAAUACUUCAAGAUGUUACGUUAAUAAACUCUCCACAGCA